CAUGCAAACCAUACGUCCUCUCGAGAGCCUGCAAGCACAGCUUCUGAACUGUUCGCAAAUAUUCGAACUGACAAGCGCUGAAAGGCUUCCUUGUGGAAACUGUAUGCAAUGCGGUUGCUUGUCACUAUUGUCCUCGUACUAGCGCUCGUGGGCUGCAGCCUUCACGCAGCAGAAGGCGCUGGGCGAAAUGGAGCGUUUAUUGGCUAUCACGAGUCGGAAGCGCGGCGAGAGGUAACGCUGGCAGCACAACCAAAGCCGGGGCCAUUCAGGGUCAAGAUUUCUUCCAGCUAUGGCGAGUUUAUCAUCAAGCUGCGGCCUGACCUGGCGCCCGACACCUGCACGCUUGUCUGGGAGCUGGCGCAAAAGGGGAACUGCCCCUCCUGCAAGUUCUACCGCCACGAGCCAGUGCCUAUGGAGUGGGGCAACAACGGCUUCUUCGGUCCACCCUACGCGCUGCUGCAGGGCAGCCUGGCGGACCUGGCGCGCCAGCCGCCCUUUGAGAACAAGGGCACAACCGUACAGAAGGGCCACAUCUGCAUGAUCCCGAACUGCAAGGAGUUCUUCAUCGCUACUGCCGACCACUCAGAGUGGGGGCAGAGCCACACCGUGUGGGGAGAGGUCGAGGACCUGUCCGCUGAACCCAACUACCCCUUCGAGCCCUUCCACAGCAACACCCACGACAACAUCACCACACGCUGGCUGGACAACACCUACGCGUUCAACUUGACGGCGAUUGAGCCUGUGCCCCUCGGGACCGGCAGCAGCGGCAGCGGCACCGGAGCGAGCUUAUGAUCAACAACGCAUGAAAGCUCCCUGUUGGGAAGCCCCUGAAAGCAAAGGGGCGAAGGCGGGGUGAUCUGGUUGGGUAGCAAGGCGCCCCCGGCUUGCCUAAGCUACGAGGCUGGUUCUGGUCUUGUUAGGCAGCGCCGCGACCCUGCGUGCAAGACUUCAGAGGACUGGUGGAUUGGUUUUGGCGGGCGGGCCCAGACAUGGUACGCCAAUAGUAGCUAUUCAAGUAUGAGGUAGCCAUGAGGAACGACGUCAUAUGGGCAGCGGCCGCGUACGUGACCAAAGUAUACAUGUGCGUAUGAUAUUACUGGGCAUCUAAGUGAGUGACUCAGGAUUGAGCUGGCCGGUUUGAUGGAUGGAUGAGAACAUGGGUCCUGAGUGACGCGGAGGGCAGAGCAUUUCGCUGUGCGCGGAAGUACGGCCGUAGAGAAGGACCGCGAUGCCAAUUAGGGAGUGAGGAGAUUAUGGCAUUGGGUGCAAUACUGCAAUGUGUACCGGUAUGUG